AUGGCUGUUUGUAGUAGUUGGCGUUCAAAUGCAUCCAGACUUCUUAUGCAUGUCAUGUUGAUCGUGCUCUUCCUCUUUUGUCUCUGCCUUGGUGGCAGAGAUGGUUCCAUGGUGGAGGGGAGCUGCAUAGAGAAUGAAAGGAGAGCUCUACUUUCCAUCAAAGAAGACAUGUACGAUCCUGACCAGUGGCUCUCCUCUUGGAAGGACCAUGACUACUGCGGAUGGAGUGGAGUGGGCUGCAACAAUAUCACGGGCCAUGUGGUAAAACUCGAUCUCAGAUAUCCAUAUGACUUAGAUGUCCAAUAUGAAACUAUGAAAUUUUCAGGUCCAAGUAAGGUGAAUCCUUCUUUGCUUGACUUGAUGCAUUUGAAGUAUCUGGAUUUGAGCUUGAACAAUUUUUCUGGAGCUCCCAUUCCUAAAUUCAUUGGCUCCCUUGUGCAUUUAGAAUAUCUCAACCUCUCCAAUGCCAAGUUCAGUGGAUCGAUUCCACCUGAGCUUGGAAACCUCUCGUGCUUGCACUUCCUCGACAUUAGUUGGAAUGGUUAUUAUUUUUAUGAUUCUAGAUGGAGCUCCUUACGUGUUGAUAGCCUUCGUUGGCUCUCCAACAUCCCUUCUUUGCACUCACUUGACUUGAGCGGCGUCAACCUCUCAAAGGCAGCCAACUGGCUUCACGAGAUUAACAUGCUCCCUUCUCUAUUAGAUUUGUGUUUGUCCUGUACUGACCUUCCUGUUGCGUCUGCUUCUAUAUUACAUGUUAACCUCACAUCUCUCACCAUGCUUGAUCUUUUUGGGAAUUACCAUCUCAAUGCUACCAUACCAUGUUGGCUGUUCAAUAUCAGCAGUCUCAUGCAUCUAGAUCUUUAUGGAUGUGGUUUAUCUGAUAGGCUACUAUUUGCUACAGGGGAUUUACAUAACUUGAAAUUCUUAGAUUUAUUUGAUAAUCAAAUUACCAGAGAAAUUUCCUCCAACUUAGCAAACCUCAGCCAUCUGGAACAUUUGGAUUUGUCUUGGAACAAAAUUAGUGGACAGACAUGGAGAAGCAUCGAGAACCUCCACAACUUUGUGGAAUUGGAUUUGUCUUAUAAUCAAAUUACUAGAGAUUUCUUCCAAAACUUGAGAAACCUCAGCCAUUUGGAACAUCUACAUAUGGCUUCAAACAAAAUUUGUGGAGAGAUACCGAAAAGCAUCAAGAACCUCCGCAACUUAGUAGAAUUAGAUUUGUCAUACAAUAUAAAUAUAAGUGGAGAGAUACCAGAAUUCAUUGGGAAUCUAAUUCACCUACAGGUGCUACAUUUAUCAGGCAAUGAGAUCAGCAGUGAGAUACCAAAAAUCAUUGGGAAUCUCAUCCACCUACAAACUCUAGAUCUAUCAUCUAACAAGAUCAGUGGAGAGAAACCACAUGCCUUUGACAAGCUUCAUAGCCUACAUUAUUUGGCAUUAGCAUCAAACCGUAUAACCAGAAAGAUACCGAGAUUUAUAGGAAAUCUGUGUAAGUUGAAUGGGCUAGAUAUAUCUGAUAACAGUAUUACUGGUGAGCUUGUAAAUACAAUAGAAAGUUGGUCUAAGUGUACAGAAAAUAGACCAGAUGGGAGAAGAUCUCUACAAGGCUUAACAUCACUUAAUGUGGGUUACAAUAACUUGAGUGGAACAAUCCCACAAACUCUUCAGCUAUCUGCAUUGCAAGAGUUGGUUCUCGCUUCAAAUUCCUUUACAGAUCAUUUGACCGAAGCCCACUUUGCCAACCUUACAAGAUUAGACUACUUGGAUCUAUCUUACAACUCAUUUCAG